AUGCCCCUCAACCCAGCCCCCCCUCCCCACCCGACUGGUCACACCCACAACCCAGCCCCCCAGCAGCCGCCCAUCCCAUCUUUUUCCGCAACCGCUACCCCAUCCACCUUUUUUUUGCUGAACCCGCUGACUGUUCUUUCUUUGACUCCCAAUCCCCCUCGGAGGCCAUCCAGCCACCCUUCAGCCAAUUGCUUGCGCCGCCAAAAAGCACCCAGCCUGUGA